UUGAUAAUAACAGGAAGACAGACAGAACAACACAGAAAGAGGAACACGAUGGGUGAAUUUACAUGGAUUACACUUUCUUUAGUAUUUCUCCAGCUAACAGUCACUGGAGAAACUGUUGCUGUCCAGAAUGGAGGUGAUGUCAGUCUGCCUUGUGGAAAUGUGAUGGAUGGUCAGCAUAAAUGUGAUGGUACAAGCUGGAACUUUCUUGGUAAAACACCAACAGUAGAGCUUGUUGGUCAUGGACAGAUUAAUCCUGAAUUCCAAUCAGACAGACUGGAUGUUACAGCAGACUGCUCCCUUCUUAUAAAGAAUGUUGCAGUGGAGGAUACCGGCCUGUACACCUGCCAACAGUUCAGAAAUCAUCAGAAACAGAGGGGAGAUUUUAUGAUUUACCUGUCUGUCGUUACCUUGACAGAACAUCAGGACACGGAUAAAGUGACAUUCACCUGUUCUGUGUGGAGAUAUAAACAGUGUGAGCAUGAUGUAAGCUGGCUGGUCGAUGGUGGAAAUAUGGACAUUCACAGAAGGGAUUUGAAAAGGCUGGAUGGCAUCUGCACGACCGACGCUAAAUUUCAUCUUGAUUAUAAACCGGAGAAUUCUGAUUCAUUGCAGUGUAAAGUGACAGACGCAUACAGUAAUGUGUACCUGUUCACCUUUAAGUCUACAGGUGGGGAUGCCCCAAAACCAGCUGUGGAAAGUACAGAAGAACAGAUGACCACACCAGCAUCUGAAACUAGAAAAAAUGUAACAAAUCAAGUUUGGAUCCGGUUCUUCAUUGGGUUUGUGGGUUUAACAGCGCUCUCAGUAACUGCUGUGGUCCUCCCUAAGUGGAUGAAAAGGAAAAGGAAUAACUCACAGAUCAGUCACAGUGAUGUCACAGUGACUUAUCGCGCUGCAGCUUCCUCCUCUUCUGCUUCAGUCUCCAUUAACCCUGAUGACUUCUAUGAAAAUGCAGAUUAUGGAAAUCACUAACAGACCACAGUAUCAUAUGUAACAGCCUGUCGACCACAUCAUAAGUUGUUUUAUGUCUAAACCAAACUGUACCCAUUGUCUAGUGCAGUGAUUCCAACCUUUUUUGGCUCCUGACCCCAUUUUAACAUCACAAAUUUCUGGUGAGUUGGGAGCGAGAGUGUAUAGAUUUAUUUUAUUUUCUCUUGUACGUAAUUUACCAAGAUGAAUCACAGCAAAGUUAUGAUAUAUUUCACUUGUGUGCAAAACAAAUACAGAGGUUAAACUUAUAUGUAUAUACAUACACACACACACACA